UUUUGGUGAUAAAGAUUUUCGGACAGGAUUGGAAAAUGGGAUCCUUCUCUGUGAGUUGCUGAAUGCUAUAAAACCAGGACUUGUUAAAAAGAUCAAUAGAUUGCCUACCCCCAUUGCAGGAUUGGACAACAUUACCCUAUUCUUGAGAGGCUGUAAAGAGCUGGGCCUUAAAGAAUCUCAACUUUUUGACCCGAGUGACCUCCAAGAUACAUCCACCAGAGUAACAGCAAAGAGCCUUGAUUACAGUCGGAAACUGAGAAAUGUGUUAGUUACCAUUUACUGGCUGGGAAAAGCAGCGAACAGCUGUACAUCCUACAGUGGAACUACGCUGAAACUGAAGGAGUUUGAAGGAUUGUUGGCUCAGAUGAGAAAGGAGACUGAAGACAUCGAGAGUCCUAAACGCAGCAUCCGAGACAGCGGCUACAUCGACUGCUGGGAUUCCGAGCGCAGCGACUCUCUGUCACCCCCUCGCCACGGCAGGGAUGACUCCUUCGACAGCCUGGACUCCUUCGGCUCCCGCUCCCGGCAGACACCUUCUCCAGAUGUAGUCCUCAGGGGGAGCAGCGAUGGGAGAGGAAGUGACUCUGAGUCCGACUUGCCACACCGGAAGCUGCCGGAUGUGAAGAAGGAUGACAUGUCUGCACGGCGGACUUCCCACGGUGAGCCCAAGUCGGCAGUGCCUUUCAACCAGUACCUCCCGAACAAAAGCAAUCAGACGGCCUACGUCCCUGCUCCUCUGCGGAGGAGGAAAGCGGAGCGAGAGGAGUAUCGGAAGAGCUGGAGCACCGCCACCUCGCCCCUGGGUGGGGAGAGGCCCUUCAGCUACCCUGAAACGAUAGAGGAAGAGGGGAGUGAAGUGGGGUCUCCUGGAGAAGAAGACCCCACCAGCCAACCGGAUCGUGGUGGGAAGCCUUCCGAUGGUGGGUCAGAACUACUCAGCAGCAGGGGGAAAGAGCAGCCUUCUGCAGAGGGGGCGGCGUCAGUGACUGCUCCCGGGCCUGAAGAAAAAGCUGCUGCUGAAAUCCAAAAGCGCAGAAGGCUUGAGCAAGCUGGGAUCAAGGUCAUGCCAGCAGCGCGGCGUUUUGCCAGUCAAAAGCAACUAAGUGAAGAGCAAGAAGCUGUUCAAGAUAUCAUUCUGCGCAAAGAAAACCCUUUCCUGGCACAUCAACACGGCAAAGAUUCCGAGUCGGAAGAUGAAGGUGUGGGUCGACUGCCUGACCUUGAGAAAGAUGAUUUUGCCGCAAGGAGAGCGAGGAUGAACCAGCCCAAGCCAGUGGUGCCAUUGAAUCAACUCCUCUAUGGACCUUAUCGGAAAAGAGAGGCAGAGACCGCAGAUGGCAGCAGACAACUCUCGAAGGGACUCUCGGCCAAGAAAAGUCUAGAAAGUAAAAGAACCCAGGCCCAGACAGACGUGGCGAGGUCAGUAGUGACAUGUGUUUCAAGGGCUCAGGAGGGUGAGCCCGCGGAAGGACUCAGGAGAGUGCCAGACCUGCACAGGGAUGACCUGGCCCAGCGGAGGAUCCAGGGUGGCCUCGGCCCUCAACGCAAGCCCUGGAACUUUGUCACACUCCCCAGUAUCACAGAAGCGGACUUGGAGACAUGGGAGAGGCUGAAGGUGUCAGGAGAGACAAGGAAGGGAGAGGCCCAGCCCCUUCCUGCCCCCACCCCUCCACCAGAGAUCAAAGCGGAAACUGCAAUUCGCGAUGAUUUUGCCAGCCGCAAGGCCAGGGCCUGGAAGAAAGCCCCCAGCACUAGGCAGAAGUUCGUGCACUUUGGGCCGGUGACAGAGAUAGACCAGCAGACCUGGCGGCGGCUGAGCAUUGGCCAGGCUGGCCCCAGGGAGGCUGCCGAAGACGCUGUCCGCCACAGCAGCAAGAUGCAGACUUACUCUGAGGCCCUCGCCUCGCCGCCCACGUGCAGCUCAGAGAAAGACCAAGGCCUUAACCCAGAGAGUGACUGCAGGACCAUGAGCUCUGGCAGAGAGGACUAUGGCAAAAGGGCCACACGGCUGGCACCCGUGCCCGAGUGUCAGGAAGAAUGGGUCUGCAGUGUGGGCGCGUGCCCAAGGACUGGGGAAGUCACAUCCCAGCAGCUGCCCCAGGGCGGCAAAGAAGAAAGCGAAGGCGUCACUCAAAGAGAUUCUGAGACUCCGCCAGAGGCAGAAGGACCCGCCAAGAGCAGCCAGCCACCUGUGUGUCCUCCAGCCUCUGAACAGGAGGCUUUGGGGACAGAAGAGAGGUUGGAGAAGAUGACAGCUCCCGCCUGGGAUGGCAGUGGACUGAAAGGCCAAAGAAAGGUGUCCGGGUCACAAAAAGAUGACAUGAUGGUCAGGAGAACUGGGACGUCCCUUAGACACACCGGAUCCAACCCGAACCAGUUCCUUCCGGUGCCGUUUGCAAAGCAACAGACUGUGGAAGAACCUGCCAGGGGACCAGUCCCGAGCGAUCAGAGAUACGGUCCGAGAACUCCUGUGUCUGAUGACGCAGAGAGCACCAGCAUGUUUGACAUGCGGUGUGAGGAGGAGGCCGUGCAGCCGCACAGCAGGGCCCGCCAGGAGCAGCUGCAGCUGAUCAACAGCCAGCUGAGGGAAGAGGACGACAAAUGGCAAGACGACCUGGCUCGUUGGAAGAGUCGUAGAAGAAGUGCUUCUCAGGACUUAAUCAAGAAAGAGGAAGAAAGGAAAAAAAUGGAGAAGUUACUGGCUGGAGAAGACGGGACCAGUGAACGGAGGAAAAGCAUCAAAACCUAUAGAGAAAUUGUUCAAGAAAAAGAGCGGAGAGAGAGAGAGUUGCACGAGGCAUAUAAGAACGCACGGUCCCAGGAGGAGGCAGAGGGGAUACUGCAGCAGUACAUCGAGAGGUUCACCAUCAGUGAGGCUGUUCUCGAACGCUUGGAGAUGCCAAAAAUUCUGGAAAGAAGCCAUUCAACAGAGCCAAACUUGUCCUCCUUCCUGAAUGACCCCAACCCCAUGAAGUACCUACGGCAACAGUCACUGCCUCCACCCAAGUUCACUGCCACUGUGGAAACCACCGUCGCUCGUGCCAGUGUCCUGGAUACCAGCACACCAGCAGGCAGUGGGUCUCCAAGCAAAACCGUCACUCCCAAAGCAGUGCCUAUGCUGACACCCAAGCCUUACUCCCAGCCCAAGAACUCUCAGGAGGUUCUGAAGACCUUUAAGGUAGAUGGGAAAAUCAGCAUGAAUGGAGAGACAGUCCAUGGAGACGAGGAGGAGAAGGAGAGAGAGUACCCCACAGCAGCACCUGCCUCCCCCUUAACCAAGGCCCAGAUGUUCGAAGGCGUGGCCAGAGUGCACGGGUCUCCAGUGGAGCUGAAACAAGACAGCAACGGCAUCGAAAUCAACAUAAAGAAGCCAAGUUCUCUUCCCCAACUCACAACAACCAACGAGGAAACCGCACAGAACAGUCAAGAAGAUGAGAAUGAUGGUGGCAAACCAAGAAAGGGGAAUCCUGAGCUCACUUCACCAGAGCCACAGCAUUUCACGACGACUGUGACUCGCUGCAGCCCGGCCGUGGCCUUCAUGGAGUUUUCCUCCAGCCCUCAGCUGAAGGACGACGUGCCAGACGAGAAAGACCAGAAGCCAGAACACGACCUGAGCGGCAAGGUGGAGUUGGUGCUGUCGCAGAAGGUGGUAAAGCCAAAAUCUCCAGAGCCGGAAGCAACCCUGACAUUUCCAUUUCUGGACAAGAUGCCUGAAACCAACCAACUACAUCUGCCAAAUCUCGGUUCUCAAGUGGAUUCUCCGAGCAGUGAAAAGUCACCUGUAACUACUCCAUUUAAGCUCUGGGCCUGGGACCCGGAAGAGGAGCGCAGGCGACAGGAAAAAUGGCAGCAGGAGCAAGAACGCUUACUCCAGGAGAGAUACCAGAAGGAGCAGGACAAGCUGAAGGAAGAAUGGGAAAAGGCCCAAAAGGAGGUGGAAGAGGAGGAACGCAGAUACUACGAAGAGGAGCGGAAGAUCAUUGAGGACACUGUGGUUCCGUUCACUCUUUCUUCCAGUUCUGCAGACCAGCUGUCAACAGCCUCCUCUCUGAGUGAAGGCGGGGCCACAGUGAAUAACAUGGACUUGGAAAACGGUCAGGAUGAAGAUGAGGAGAGAAGACAGAAGAAGCCACUCCAGGGGGAUGGCCGUGACCUGCCACUUAAGACUAGGGAAGGGGACCCCCUGGAAAAGGGCAGCACCCUAACUCAAGGGGUUUCGGCCCACUCCGAGAACCCUCUACCGAAAGGACUGUUCCAGGACCGUCAGAUGGGCGCAAAGGCCGGGACCUCGUACUGCGGGAUCGGCCCACAGCCCGCUCAGGACCUGUCGCAGAAUCACCAGGCUGCAAACCGACCAACACACCUUGCAGAAGAUGAGAAGCCCAACACCCUCCCGCUGGAUACAAGCAUUAACCAUCAGAUUGAGUCUCCAAGUGAAAGGCGGAAGAAAAGCCCUCGAGAGAACUUCUGGGCUGGACCCUCGUCCCCCUGUUCUCCCACCCCUCCUGGGCAGUCACCAAGCAGGUCUAUAAGCGGGAAGAAGCUGUGUUCUUCCUGUGGGCUUCCCUUGGGCAAAGGAGCCGCGAUGAUCAUCGAGACCCUCAACCUCUAUUUCCACAUCCAGUGUUUCAGGUGCGGGAUUUGUAAAGGACAGCUUGGAGAUGCAGUGAGUGGGACGGACGUUCGGAUUCGAAACGGUCUUCUAAACUGUAACGAUUGCUACCUGCGGUCCCGGAGCGCUGGCCAACCUACAACGUUGUGACGUGGCUCUCAAGCUUCCAGACCACUCCCCGUUUCUUUCAUGAGGGUGUCCCCAGGCAGUCACUUAACAAAAUCCCAAGUUCAAAUCCCAGCAUUCACCUUAUUUCUGAAAAACUCAUCUACAAGGUGGUAUCUGUUCUUUUGUAGCACGGUAUUUGUGUUUUUCCGAUUUUUUUUUUUUUUGGUUCUUGUUUUUGGUUGUUUUUUUCCUUCUUUUUCUUUUGCACAAUAUAUACACAAGAAUAUCGAAUUAUCAUGAGCACGAAGAGUUUCGAAAAGAUGUUAGCAUGGUCAAACAAGCAUAUGGUUUAAAACGUGUUGUUCUCUUCUUUAGGGAUUAGCUAAAUGAUACAAUAAACCUUUCGUUUUGUUUUGUUUUGUUUUGGUUUAGUUUUCCUAGGAAUUAAAUACUUUAUGUUUACAGAAUUGAGCUUCAGAAAGUUCAAGACAUGCCAAUUUGAGACACGUAAUCUUCUAAGACAGGAACGUCAAUUUUCACGCAUUUCAGACACUAAACUGACUCUCAGCUCUAAACUUGUUUUUAAUGCAGAGCCCCUAGUCUGAUACAGAGUCUGUCACCCUGGAACAUUUGUGUUUCUCCCCUUUUGAGGUAGAAGUUAUACCAAUAAAUUAUUGCACCGUUAGCAGUAGAGGCUGUGUACCUUGGAAGUUCGGUCAGGAAUACAGGCGGGUCCAUCCGUAGAGAAUUCCGGAUUGAUUAGCCUUACACUCGGGGACAUUGCCCAAGGCUUGGAAGAAACCAGGGAAGCAUUUCAGUCUUCGUUUCCAAAAUCAUUACCAGGAUCUGUGAGAAAGUUGAGUCUUCAAAAAAGUAGCCGAUCAGUGAGGGCCUCUGUGGCCUGCUUCUCUCCAGGCCGUAAGUUAGGGGUCUUCAGUAAGACUUGAUGUGGGACUUAGGGAGUAGGAGACCUGGAAAUGACUCUACCGCGAGGUGACUCGCUGCUCACUCUUGCCUGCAAGCUGUCCUUGAGGGACUGAAACCCAGGUACCCCAAGGAAGGAGUUCAGUCCAUCCAGUGAUCAGCCACUGGUGUGCGACCCACGAGGACCCACAACUGUAGUUACGUCUCGCUCACCCUAACGGAUGUGGCUCCUCUUUCUUCUACAUCACCCUGUCUGCUCCCAAGGAUUCUAGACCUUGCUCUAGGAGAAGUUUAGAAGGGACUCUGAUGGAGAGUUGGCCUGCGUUCUGCCCUGUGAAAUGAGUUUGAGCUGGCCAAGGAAAAAGGACCUAAGAACGCAUUGCGAUUUAGAGCUCCAGGUUGUUCUUACGACGGGGGGAAAGGGGGGCUAUUUAUUCUGCCUUAAAUGGAUGGCAAACAAUGAAGAAGACAUUUGGUGAAUGUACCCAACGGAUAUACUCCUAGUAGGUUCAUGUAGUCAUCAAAAACAGAUCGAGUAGAUGUUUUUCCGUCACGUAAGCAAUAAUUCUUUUCUACGUCUUACUGCAUAUGGCUAGCGAUUAUUUAUUUACACGCCAGACGGUUCUUGCAUGCGAGGUCCAUCAGAGUGCAGCGAUGUUCUCAGCUACUGGAGGUAUUUUGACCAUUUUUGGCAUUUGGAUGAGCUGUUUCUUAGAUCGAAAUUUAUACAUCAUUUCAUUAAAAAUUGUGCCUUAGACAAUGCGAAGCAGUUGCACAGAGCAAUGCAUUACGGAUGCAGUCCAUGGAGGUGAGAUGGCGUCACUUCCAAGUCCCCGAGACUUCUUCUCCUGGAGACGUGGCUCCCGUUUUACAGCUCGUGCAAGCACCCGUGGAAGUGAUCGGAAAGAAAAAAAGACACAAACUCAAAAAAAAAAAAAAAAA